UAUUGUUUCCGGCCCUGGGCUUUCCUUGCAGCCCCACAAUCCUUAGCUCCUUCCGUCUCCGCGCAGCGCUCGUGGGAACUUCCUGUAGCGAUGGCUGCGGCGGUGGCGGGGAUACUUCGAGGAGGUCUCCCGCCCCGGGCGGCAUGGCUACCCACCCUCCAGACCGUGCGCCAUGGCUCCAAGGCUGUGACCCGCCACCGUCGUGUCAUGCAUUUUGAGCGGCAGAAGCUAAUGGCUAUAACUGAGUAUAUUCCUCCCAAACCUGCCAUCCACCCCAGAUGUCUGCCACCUCCUCCCAAACCCCCCAAGGAGGAGUCAGGCCUCAUCCAGCUCCUUCGUCGGGACAUAGCAGCAGUGUUUCGAGACCACCGGAUGAUUGCCGUCUGCCAGAACGUGGCCAUGAGCGCAGAGGACAAGCUUCUCCUGCGGCACCAGUUGCGGAAACACAAGAUCUUGAUAAAAGUCUUCCCCAACCAGGUCCUGAAGCCUUUUCUAGAAGAUUCCAAAUACCAAAACCUGCUACCCCUUUUUGUUGGGCACAAUCUGCUGCUCGUCAGUGAAGAGCCCAAGGUCAAGGAAAUGGUGCGGAUCUUAAAGAGUGUUCCUUUUAUGCCGCUGCUCGGUGGCUGCAUUGAUGAUACCAUCCUCAGCAGGCAGGGGCUCGUAGACUAUGCCAAGCUGCCUAGCCUGGACCUGCUGCAAAGGGAGUUGGUUGGAGGACUCACUUGCCUCGUGGCCCAGACCUGCUACCUGCUUCAGCACCAGCCUGCCCAGCUGACUGCCCUGCUGGAUCAGCAUGUCAAACAGCAACACGAGGAUGAGGCUGCCACGCCAGCCAGUGGGAAGCCCCCUCCUCCUGACCCCGCUCCGGAGUCAUAGCCCGCCUGCUGUACCCAGCUCCGUCCCUGUGGUCUGGUAGAGAUCUAAAAGAAUUUGAAGUGCGGGUGUGGCAUGUGUGACUUGGUUCUCAGUGACCUCCUUAGGGACAGGCCUCUUGAAGAUAGAGAAAAAUUCCACUUCAGAAUGAGGCUGUCCAUUGUCUUCAGAUUCACAAGUCGUUGUCUUUAGUCAUCCCGACUAGGGACCUGAUAGGGACAGCCUCCUUCAGCUCUCCAGACACAGAGCAGAAGAUGGCAAUCAUCUCGCCCAGCCCUCUUGGCCACUGUCCCUUGUCUGUCUUCCCAGCCACCCUCUUGGUUCCUCUGCAUGCCAUGAUGGACCUUGUGAAUGGCACCUGCUGAAUCCUCUGCCAAGCGCUGUACUAAACACAGGGGCCAGCUCCUUACCAUUUAGGAAAGGGCAGAGUUUGAAGUCCUGAAUAAGGCCUUGAAUUUGAUUCCCUGAAGCCUCAAUUUUCCAUAGCAGAACUUCUUCAUAAAGUUACCCAGAAGCAGAUCCUGGGUGGGUUCAGAGCUCAGUGUCCCGCCCUGGGGUUUGCUGGGCUGUGGAAGGGGUGGGGAAACUUCUUUGUGAUUAAAAAUAAAAUAUGUUUUAUGGA